AUGUGCCCGCGCGUCCUUGGCUCUGAUUGGCCAGCUCGUUCAGCCCGUUGCGAAGCCACGCCCCCUCCUCUCCCGAGGUAACUAACAGCGAACCCGGAGGAGGAAGACCCGUGUCGGAAGGAGAGCGGCUCUGGCGGUGUUGGGGCGCAUCCCACCCGGGUGGUCCAGGCCGAGGCGGUGGGCCUGAACGCCAUCUUCCUUCUCCUCAUGUCCCGUGUCUCUCAGGCCUCGGGGUCCAUCUUGCCGCCUUUGGGGUCCCUGGUGGCCCCCAGGAAGGGGCCCGGCCCGGCCGACGGCAACGGGGAGCAAGGGGAGGCUGCGGACACAGGCUCCAGCUCACUGAUGAACUUGGCCCGUCCCUUCCAGAAGGCGGAGGCUCUCCUGCGCCAGUGCGUGAGCCCGGGCCUGUGGCGCCAGCUCCCCUUCCAAGCUGGCUCGAGUUCCUACGACAGCGAGGAGGAGGACUCCCCCGGGGGCUUGGCCCGCCUGGCCCAGGUGGAGGGCAGCUUCUCGGGUCUCCGCCGCUGUUUGCGCGUGCAGGAGAACCCCCGGAGCGAGACCUUCCGUGGCUUGGUCCGUCCGUCCAGCCCGGAGGCUGCCCGAGGCGCCUUUUCCCACCACCCAGCCCGAGCCAGCGUGGCUCGCCAGUGUGCCACCCUUCACGCCCUACUGCAGCACCGGCACCACCUGCGCCUGGCUCGUCACUAUGGCCGGCGCCUCAAGGCAGCCUCGGACUUCGUGGGCCACCUGCGGGCCGCACGGCGAUGCCUCUUGCUCCCGGCCGGCCGACGGAACCCCUCCUGGCCCCGCCUGCUGCGCGGCCUCUGUGAGGAGAUGCGGGCCCACGCCGCGCAUUGGGAAGGGCUGCGGCAGCACAUCCGCCGCGACCCCUGGCUGCGGCCUCUGCUGCUCCAGCGCCCGGAAGCGGUGCGGCGCAUGAAGCACGCUCUCUCUCUGCUGGCCUUGCAUGCCGCCCGGCUUCUGGAAGGAUGCUUGGAGGCCUACCUGCGCUCUGUCACCUACCCGGCUGCCCCCGGACCCCUCUCGGACCUCUUCCAGGGUUUAGAGAUCUACAACCAGGUGCUGGGUGACCAGUCCUUGCAGGAGGUCUUCCUGGAGCUGGGGGAGACCAACCCCGGGGUACGGAGGGUGCCAAACGGCUCCCAGGGCAUGUUCCCAAUAGAUCGAGUGCUGGGCAUCCUGGCGUCAGAGCGGGGUCAGUGGGCAGGCCAGAAGCUGUACCGGCUCCUUCUCCAACAGCCGCCACUGGCAACUGGGCCAGCUUGGGAGGGCCACCCUGAGUAUUGGCUGGGGGAGGAGGAGUCCUGUCGGCGGGACCCCAAAAUGGGAGAGGGGCCACCCAGCCUCCCUGAGGAGCUGCAGGUCCUAUGCCAGAGGGAGGAGGACGCACUGCUGCCCAUCCUGCGGGAGCUGGUGUCCUCCGCCCAAAGCCUGCGCCACCACAUCCUCCAACGACCCAAGCAAGAGAAGCCUCUGGAGGAGUCCCCUGAGGUGUCGGCCGCCCUGCCUGGAUGGAAGUCCGUGCGCUGGCUGGACGCCUCCUUCGCCGAGGCAGCCGCUGGGCUCUACGCCGAACUCCGGCCCCUCCUCUGGAGAGUUGCUGCAUCCACCCUGGAGCACCGGCUGCAGCUCCAUUGGCCCGGGGCUCGGUGGCAGGAGGGGGCCGGAGCCCAACUGGGCCAGCAGCUCAACUGGGCCCUGGCACAGGCGCACCUGCCCCGCGAGAGUGCCGAGGAGCUGAGCGCAUUGGCGCUUCACCUGCUUCUGCAAGAUGUCCGCCAGCACUGGGACCAAGCUUUCUGCCACGCGCUAGGCUCCGGCCUCACCGACAAAUGCAUGGCCAAGCCAGCCGUCCCCGGCGCCGACGCUGCCCACAGCCAGACUGCGCAGCGCUUGCAGAGCCUCUACCUGCCGCUGAACUUCACUCUUGGCUGCCUGGACACCACGUCUGCCAGGAGUGCCGGCGAGGGUCUCCUCCCGGCCGGCCUCCGCCUGGAGCUGCUCUCCCUCUCGGCGGCCACCGCUCACGCCUCCUGCUUCUGGGUCAUGAGUAAGGCCUACCAGUACCUGGCCUCCUGGUCCCUCAGCCAGUUCCUCCUCGUGACCCAAGGGGACUUGCAGCUGCUGAAGGAGGAGGCGAAGGAGACGUCGGCUUUGGUUUGCCAGGCCUUUGCGGAAAGCAGGAGGACACAGAGGCCGCUCCUUGCCGGCCAGGAGCAAGAACUGGCCCAGCAAGUCCACUCCACAGCUGCCAGCAUUGAACAUUUCUCCCACAACGUGCUGAGGCUCUUCUCCUUGGACUGCAAGCGCAUGUCGGCUGAGAUCUUCACCCAGACCAUGCCACUGGGCAAACACUGGCGCCUCGCUCUCCGGACAGAGCUGCCCGCCUCCCCCAGCGAGUACGCCUCAGCCGCUGCUCAGACGGUGCUGGGCCAGGUGCUGCAGGGGAUCCAGCUUCUUCCCCACGAGGCCCAGGGGCCGGCCCUCAGCCAGGUCACCACAGCCUUCCUGGAGGCUUGGAUGGACCAUAUCCUGGCCCAGAAGAUCAAGUUCAGUCUGCAGGGGGCGCUUCAGCUGAAGCAGGACUUUGACCUGGUGCGGGAGCUGCUGCAGUCGGAGGACUACGGACUCUCCCCCGAGAUCCGGCAGCGGGUGCUCUCUCUCCGCGUCUUCCAGCAGACGGACAAUGCCAUCGCCUGCCUCCUCCAGCAGCCCAGCAAGGCCCCCCUGCCCUCCAACACCUGGGGGGCCUUCCACAAGUGCUGCUCCUCAGAUGGGAUCCGCACCCAGGACGGCGGCCCAGGCAGCCUCAACAGCCUGCAGAGCCUGGAAGGGUUGCCUGUUCCUCGCCCAGGGGCCGCUCUGGAGCCCCCACCGGUGGCGGUGGCCGGAGCGGCGGGGGACUUGCUGAGCCGCAUGCAAGGGUCCGGCUGCAGCCCUGAGACCUACCUCAGCUCCACGCAGCAAGAGUGGCUGGCGCUGCGCUUGCAUGGAGGUCGCCGCUGGAGGGUGCCCGCCCUGCCCUGCAUGAGCCGGACCUCCGAGCCCUGAGCGGCUGCCCAUCCCUCCCCUCAUUGGUGUGCCUCUGUCCCACAAGUGCCUUGCGUGACCCUUCUCUCGAACGACACUCCGUGGCCCCUUUGCUCUCAUGCGGAGCCUACUUGUGCCAGCUCCCUGCCGGUGCUAAAGAAGAAGUUCUCCCCUUCUGGGUGGGUCUGUCCUUCCUCUCCUGUAUCCUCGGAUGUCCACGAAGAGGUAUUUGGAGAGGAAGAGCACCCAGGACCAACGCAGGGGCAGCCGGAGUGAGACUGUUUUGGGGGUUGCUCCUGGGUUGCUUGUUUUGUAGCAGCAUCUGAGAAAAUAAAAGGUUUCCUGGUACUUUGAGCAUUCAAGAUGGUCAUGAAUACUUUUAAAGCAUUAAAUUCACUAAAAUAA